AUGAUGGAUCGACUGCUGCUGGAGCAGAGUGGCCGCGCCCACACCUCGGGCGCGGUAAAUCGGACCGAGGCGACGCUCCCCAUUGCGCGGCAUCCGCUCAACAACGGUGAAUCUUCGCGCCCGUCAAGUGGGGAACGCUACGUGAAUGCUUCGGCGGAGGGGCUGCGCCGCGCGCCAUGUCCCUCUCCUCUGCAGCUGCUCGCUUCUCCUGUAUUGGACACACGGCGUCCCGCGGGAGGUGGCGCCGCGGCCGCAGCUGCACAAAUCUCACGCGCCACAGGCCUUUAUCCCAGCCGCCGGCUUACACCCAUCCACGACUGCGAGCAGGCAACUGUUCGGGAGCGACACCUAGCGGUUGCUGCCGCACCUACGUUGCCCUCGCGUAAACAUUUUGGGUCACCUACGCACAGCGCUUCAUCUAAUGAUAUUGGCACGAGCGCAUCAACGCCGUUCGCCUACGCUUCACUGCAGCACCGGAAAGUACCGUCGCCGGCCUUGUACCCGGUCAUUCCAGAGGCAUAUCGAGAUGAGCAGCUUCACCAUCACCAGCCGGACGGAGGCGGGCGUCGAUAUCUGACGCCGCCGUGGUGGUGGCGUGGAGGACUGGAGGAAAGGGAGGAGGACAGCGGCCUUGUGAGGGGCGUGGCCCACCACUUUAACCCUUCCAUGUCUCAGCGGAGGGCCGGCACUGGCAACCUAUCGCUUCGUACAGCACAAGCAAGGCGAGACCACGGCGAGAAGCGCUGGUUAUCAUCGCCGUCGGCACCCACUUCACCGCCGCUGCGAUCACGCCCGCCUAGCGCGUGCGAGGAACGGCCACCGCGUCCUCGUUCGCCCUUGGCCAGCUCCCAUGCGCGCCUCUACACCUCUAGCAAGCUGCAGGAGGCAGAAGGGGAUGUGUCGCCGCUGACAUUUGUGGAACCUGGCGCGUAUCGCUUCGAUGAUGUCGAGCUAAGGAUUACGAGGUCCGGUGAUGGGCCGCGCGAUCCAUGUGCUCGUGCCCACCAACCUGUACGACAGUUUGGAAGGAUGUCUUCCCGAUAUUCUCUUCGCCAUGGUAGCCUCCCUGCAUCUCCGUCCAUGGACUUGGCGCAACCGCGUGGCCCCUCGAGUGCUGCCUCGUCGUCGAAGACGACACCGUCAGGUAGCGCUCGCACUGUCACGACAGACAGCGGCACAGAGGCGACGUCACAGUGCACAGCACUCAGCAACGUGCUGGCCACCAGCUCUGGUUCCAAAUUUCGCCUUCGUGUGUACCAGGAGAGCUCCAAUCACCCUUCUGGUUUCGCUGUUCCACAGCGCGGUGCAGGAACGGCGGCGCCAGUGCAGGCAACACGCAGUGGUCUUGCGGCGCUGCCGCAGACGGCGGCGGAUCGAUGCGCUAUCGAGCGUGCCACCAAUGCCAUCCCCCGCUCUAUGAUCUACGGAUCCAGCAACCACGCGUCCGCACUUGCCCUGGUUGCGUACAGACAGGGUGUAGCCGCCGAGACGGGUGUGGACCCGGCACAGCUGCGACAGGGCCCGCUGAGUGCGCGCUACGAUCGCGUGCGAAGCGGAAUGAGGGAGGUGGUCGUGGAGCAGGCGGACGACUACGGUGGUGGCGGUGGCGGGGCGAGCUUAAUGCACACGACAACGCGGCUGCGUGUGGGCGCCUUGCGCACCAGUGAGCUGUACGACCCCGUAUCGGGGCUGGCGCGGAAGCCAAAUGAGGUGCCGGCUGCGUAUCUUAAGUCCAUGGUGGCGGCUGAAGCUGCGCGGAAGCAUUUACACGUUACUCCUUCCCUGCAGGCAGCAGCGGCGACGGCGGUGCCUUACCGAUACGACAGCGUUGACUCUUCUGCCUCUUCGGAUGCAUCUGGAAACCCUAGUGCAUUGCUGAAAAGGGGGCAGAUCAAGAGUGGGUUAUCCGUUCGGGUCGACACGCUCAGCAGACUUGCCCAGCGACGCAGGCAGCGCGCGAAUGCGCGGGCAGCGCAGCUUCACACCACCCACGGCGUCACCGGGCUGCCUCUCCGUCCAGAUGAGCGACGCUUGUAUUGGGCGGAGCAUGCGCCGCUGCACGCAGCGCCAGUGCGAGGGCUGAACGCGGUGCUGCAGGGCGUUGGAGAGGCUGAGGAGGGUCUGUUUUUCGAGAGCGCUGGCACGAGAGGAGAAUGGGCUGAAAGGGAAAGCUCCGGCAAAGGUGCAUCGUGGUCGGGGACUGACGUAGACAUGUGUAGAGAGGGAGAUACAGAGGUGACGCUUGACCAUCCCCAUGCCUCGCUCGAGGAAAGCUCCUUCGAUGAUGACGGCGCCGACCACGAGGACGAAGUGAGGUUAGCGGCGGGAGUUGCAGGAUCCCAUCGACGAGGGCGCAAAGGGAGGGGAGAGUUUCAGGUCGACUCUGCACCGCUGCGCCACGCCCGACUGUCGCCUCAUGCCGUAGAGCGUCGCCCGUUCUUUUCUGCAAGUCCGGCCAUGGCUGGCGUUUCUGCGCAUGGCUCUCGUGGAGUUGCCGCCGACGCGUCGCUCGCCUAUAUGGAAAGGUUGAACGGCUUGGUGGACUCGGACGCGGAUGGAGGUACUACCUUCACCAGUGUCGGAGAUGACAUGCGAACACGCUGCUCAGGCCACGAUGGCCGCUCGCAUCAUCGGACGGUAAGCGGCCACCACACGGGGAUGCCACUGGCGGAGCAGUCAAGAGGAACUCUGCCCCCUCGGCGCUCGCAUCCUCAAGACGAACCUGAGUACAACCGCCAUGGCGAUGAGGACUUACUGCUCUACCCGCCGCUGCUCACGCCUCUUCUGCAGGAGGUAGACGCGUGCCUGCGUUUUCACGGGCUCCCCACCAUGGCAGAGCUGUGGCGGUGGGGUGUUGGGGAUCAGGAGGUGAUUCUCCAGGCCGCCGGGUUUAAGCGAGUGGAGCGGCAGACGAUACUGUGGGAGCUGGAGCGCAUGAUACGUGUUAGCUCAACAAGGUGCACGGUGCCAAGUGCGGCCUGA